AUGAGUUAUGCUAAAGCAGAAUCGGAUCUAGGUAUUUUUAAACCUGAGGUAAAAUUAAGAAAAUACUCUCAAUGAUAAGUUUAUUUUGUUGCUCGCUAAAAUACGGUUCUUUAUACAACACGAUAAUUUUUUUAAUUUUUUUUUAUUUUCACCUCGAUGACUCAUCGGCUUAAUCAGUUCAAUAAUAACUAAUUUCACAUAUCCUAUCACAUGUAGUUUGCAUCAUAAUGGCAUACAUUUUCAGGGGGUGGUAUACAUUUUUCUGCGGAGGGAUAAUCUCCGGUCUCCUACUAAAAUGAUACUGAAUAAGAUUCCGAGGUAAGCUGUGUGGAUCUGGGUGUCAGGUAAUGAUGCGAUUGGAUUAGAUGUCUAUUCAUAACGACCGGGGAUUCAGUAAGGAUUUUACAUCGGAUCGGGGGAAAUAAUACCGACGUGUUCUCUCCCCAGUUUGGUGGCAACAGUACGUAAAAUUGGAAACGUUUUUUAACUCGAUAUUCUACAGUUUAUAUUACUAUUAUACUGAAUUUUUAAACGGUAUUUCCUACGAUUUCGAUUUAAACAAACGAUGUAACCUGCAGCCUGAACUGACCUAUCGCAAAAUAUUAUAGAUAUACAUUAUACGUAGUACGUGGUCCGCAUGAAAUACAUAGAUCGCAGAUUUUUAUAUAUUUUUUUUUUGUGCUUAGAUAAAUAAAUACAUAAUCUACUAUUUGGUUACCUUGACACGUCGGAGACAGGUUUACUCUUAAAAAAAAACGAUAUUGUAUUAUACAAGUACUGUUCGGCCUUGUCACGUUGCACACGCAUCACGUCCGUAUCUCACCGAAAAAUGUAACUAUCUGCGGGCACGAGAAACAUUUUUGAAAAAAAAAAAUCUAUAAUUUAGCAGCAUCUUGAAUUUCUACGCUUUUAAUGUUUUAUCUCAUAUACACGUCGUAAUAUAAGGGGUAUAUCUAUACAGGAGAAUCUAUUUAUCAUAAACCAGCGAUUUUCUCGGACAAUUUUAAGUGAAUUUCACUUUUAUUUUUUUAUUAAUCGUUAUGGAAUCUGGAAUCGUUGACUGUUCAAAUACAUAACAGGUAUACUUUCUUCAAAGAAAAAAUAAAUUAUGGUUUCUGUAUACUUUUCAACAUUGAACCAUAUGAUUAGUGGAAUUAAUACUAUAUUCAAUCAAGACAAAAUUUAUACUCUUCAAAGUAUUGUACAUUUAUAAGUUUUAAAUAUAAGCAACAGUGAUAUCUCAGUAUUUUUCACAGCAUUUGAUCCAAAUUUUGAUACGAAAGUAUUCUUAAAUAUACUGACUACGGACUAAUAUACCGAAAGGCGAGACAAACAAAUGCAGUCAUUUAUUGGAUAAAUUGGCUUACAUAAUCCAACUAUGGAAGGAAACCGCAUUUUGUAACGUCGUCAAAGCACUGAAAAUGUUUUUGAUUGUUCCUUUAGUAACAAGUUGUUUUAGUGAACAAACAUUUUUAAGCUUACUGAUGUAAUAACCAAACUACGCAUUUCCAUGACGCAAGAUCGCUUGGAGGGCCUAUAUACGACAAUAUUCGUGGUAAAGUGUAUGUCUAUAAAAAUAAUAUCGAUGAAGUUACUAUAAUAUUAUGAACUAUCGUUACGUGAUAAGGCAAUAGUAUUGAAUGAAUGAAUUAUUUUGAAAGCUAUUAUCACACUAUCGUGGGUGAAUGCAAAUCUAUAGCUAUACUAUUUUGAGAAUGAUAGUAACUAUCCAUAGUGUGGGCUAACGUUCCCUUUUACUAUUUUUAUUGUCGCGACAGCCGCGGCAUUUUCAUCUCUACUUCCAUAGACGUUCCUAUUGAAAUUUGUUUUACUGUGAUAUUGUUAUUUUCCAUUAUAAUUACGUCAUGAUGGACACUAUCUCUUCAGAUAGUAAACCAUAGUGAAUCUAUCAAUUGCAUUAUAGUUACACUAAUAUCGUGUGAACUAAAUUUUUUAAGACAUACGUGUAUACGUCUAUCCGGUGACAAUAAUAUAAGAAUCAUAAAUGUACGUUAAACAAUAAAAAAAAAUCAAGUUAGAUUAAUAUUUGGGUAACAAAAACAACAAAAAACCGUAAUCGAAACGACAGCUAAGCGCCGCAUAAAAACUCUCGCGUUUUCGCUAUCGUUUCGUUUUAGACAGAUUAAAAUGGAACAUAAUUUUAAAUGACACCCGAUCUCGAAAAAAAAGAAAUAUAUACAUAAAUAAAAUAUGUAUAUCGAAUAAUUAAAACGUAAUGAUGUUUUUCUAUCGGAUCGUGGGAAUCGAUAGUAUACCCAAUACAAGAGUUUUCUUAUUGUUUUCGGCAACUUUCUCUCACGAUUUUUAGUCGCGUUGUUAAUUUUUUGGCGUAAUUAUUAUUUGUAGUAAUAUAGUCUAAUUAUAUCGGUCAUUCAAACGUUAUUACAAAUUGUUUUUUAUCUUAAAUUUGUUAAAUCUUGAAACUGCAAUAAUUGUAUACGCGUCCGUAAACUUAUACAAACGAAUCUCAGAAAAUCCGAAUUUUUGACAAAUUGUAUACUUUUAUAAAAAUUACAGGUGGUUAUAUACAUACUACAUAGUUUAUAUAUAUACACCGAGGCCGAUUACUGUAACUUUAAAAACUGAAAACAAAUUGUUAAUCAUUAUUUUCACAAUUUCUAUUUUCCUUAUAUUAAAUAAAUUUUAAAUUACUUUUACUAUUAGUUUUCUAAUUUUGUAUACAAAUAUUAGAUACAUAUAUUUGUAUAGGCACAAACAGUCCGAAUAUGUUUUAUGUGUGUAAGAAAGUUAAAUACUUUAUCCCGUUAGCUACUUAGAUUACUUAUUAGCGUCCUGCGUCGAACUUCUUUAGUGAUGUAGUGAACGUAAAAAGUGGAAGACGAAUAUAUUUAUAAUUAAUACCAGUAUGAAUAAAAAUUUAAAAAAUCGACAGUUUUUGUUUUAUAGAUAAUUUUAUUCAUAUUAAAAAGAACAAACACGAGGCGCCAGAUGUUUAGGUAGCUCUAAAAAGAGGCACUGUACGCUGCCAGCCAAGUCUAUAAUCUUAUCAAAUCAAUAUAUUGAUUUCUUAUAACUCUGUCUCAGUCGGUCUGUACAGAGUGAAUUCGAAGUGUAAAAUAUAUAUAAAAACCGUGAAUGAACGUAGGAAAAACGGGAAGGUUUACAGAAAUAACUGUUUCAUUAUUUUCAAAUUUAUUUUUGUUGUUAUUCGAUUUAAAAUAUUCGUAGAGACUUGACAUUUUCAUACUUUAUAUUAGGCUUUUAUAGACGUGGUAAAAAAAUGUUUAAACUAUUUAUAGACAUUUUAAAUUGUAUAGUUUUUUUUUUCGUUUUUAUUGAGUAGGUUAUACUAUAAGUGAAGAGAAUUGUUUGACUAAAAAAAAUUUUCUUCUCUUUCGCUUGAUCCCAAUUAUUCGGAGUUAGCCACCUCCAUUUUAAACUUCCACUUUACCCGAUCUCCUACUUCGCAUACACUAACUGUCUUCUUAUCACUCGUAAUUACGUCCAACUACCUCUUUUUUAUUCUUCUUCUCGGCCUAUUUUCUCCAACGUUUAUUUCAUUAACGUUUAAUUCUUUCUGAUUCAAAUUCCUUUCUCCCCGUAAUGUGCUUAAAACAUUUUAGUCUGCCUAGUUUUUUCUACUAUCAAAGAUAUGCCUAUUUUACCUCUUAUGUACUCAUAUAUUUUUCUAUCUUCUCUCUUUAUUCCACUCAUUCACCUCAUUUCUGUUUACUUUUAUGUCUACUAUCCAACACUACGAACCUAUCAAAAUGGACAGUCUCACCACACUUUGAUAAAACUUAAUUUAAAGACCUUAUUGGAAUUCUUUUGUCACAUUAUACACAUCACAUUACACCUGACGCUUCUUUCCUCUUGAAAGCCAACAUUAUUUUGUACAAAAGAUCGUACUUAUAACUCUCAAUUUUGCCUAAAACAACGUAUUUUCGUUAGCGUAUUGACGGUUAAUACUUGAAUCUCGUUUUGAAAAAUCAUCAAAGAAAAACCAAUAGAUCUCUCACUAUGUUUUCAAUCUAAAAGGACUAUUCACUGUUAUCUUAGGAUAAUAUUCUCCUGAAAGUUUAUAACUUAAUUUCAACUCUCAAAUGCAUUCAUAUUUUCAAAUUACCUUUAAGUUAGCUUAGUUAAUAUUUGUAUUAUUAUUUUUCUUUUUGAUGACUUAUCAGUUAUUACCUUUUACUAGUUAAACGAAAAAAAAAUUGGUUAACUUGCCCAGCUUUGCCAAUAUUAUACUAAAAACGAGGCGAUUCCGCGACGAACGUGUUCAGAGUACGUUAUUUUCGAGCAGCAUUCACCGUCAGCGACCUCAGCCCUUUUUUUGUGUAAAUAAUUUCUAUAUUCGGGACGUGUACACCUAUUAUUUUAUAAUACUCGUAUAUUAUUCUUUGGCAUUCGUCACAUAUAAUACAUAAUAUAGACGAUUAUAUUUCGCUUUAUAGAGAUAAAUCUUAGAUCGAUAGCCUUUGAUAUCGAAAUCGGUAGCGUCCGAAGGAUUUUCGAAUCGGCGGCGUCUCCGUAUACAGAUGAGAGAUUAUCGGUAGAUUGUUGGCGCCAACGGUCGAUAUCGCGUGCAGUGUUUGAUUUAAGAGACAGAGAGAGAGAGAGAGAGAGAGAGAUAAAGAAAGAGAAAAUUAUAACAAUGUUGGGCUAAAUAUAAAUAUACAUUAUAUUAUUAUAUACGUAACACCCAGUGGUCGAUAAACACGUGAAAAACAUAAAUUAACCUUGCGGCCGGUGACACACGCACUCGUUUCGCUCUUGACCGACAAAAAAAAAAAACAUCGAAUUAUCGUCGACGACGAUGACGACGACUAUGUGGUUCAGUCUACUAUACUUAUAUUAUGAUUGUUUGCAAUCGAUCUCGUCAAAAAACUAACGGAAAACUGCGGGGAAAAAGUUUUUUUUUUUUUAUAAUAAUUACUUACCGUUUCGAUUCGUCGGCUUUUAAACGUAGUUACGUAAGGGUUAUUCUGGUAAUCGGUAUAAUAUGUCGUCAUGAAUUAAACGAUUUCGGAACCGAGCGUCCAGUCGCGGUGCCGCAAAUUCUCUGCAAUUCGAACACGCGACGAAUUAUUAUAUUAUUGUAGUAGUUUUUCGAAAUAUUUCUCGUUACCAGCUAUAAGAAUAACGUCGUUUUUCUGCAUCGAAAAUAAACUACUAUUAUAACGACGUGUUAAGAUAUUGGCUUGAACUUAGAUCAAGUAGUACCUAGGGCGGAAGACUAAAACCGUCCAAUGUAGUCGCCAUACAAUGAUGACUUUGUUUUUCCGAACGCAUUUCGUCCGUGUUCAAAAUUUCAGAUCUCCAAAUUGCGGUAGACAUUAUCUAAAAUCGAUGUAUAAUUGUCAUCAACAUAUCAUCAUCAGUGUUUAUCUAUUUUCUGUGUUAAAAAAAUACAAGAAAUUUCAAAAAUACUACCAGAAAGACAGAAACUCACCUUGACUUUAAUUUUAUGGUAUUGAAAUAAGUCCAAAUGACCUCUAGUAAAAAUCAUGAUAGCAUAGUAACAAUCAAAUGAUUUUAUCGUAGGAGAGGAUGAUGAGACUAAUAAUUAUUAUUUUUUAACGAGAAAAGAUCAUGGGGAGAAUAUAUCACCCAAGUAAAAUUUACUUUCAAGUGUUGAAAAUCGGAUUAAAAUUUCUGGUAGAAAAGGUGUUCACAGGAAAAAAAAAAUAAACAUCAUUGUAAAAUCAAUUUAUUCCUCACUCCGCUCAGAAGCUAAAAUGUUUAAUUUUGUUUAUGAGCUUCAGUUGGUUUAUUAGAAGGGAUUCAUUCCCGCACAUUCUUAAUUAAACCCAUGUAUUAUACAUGGGUAUAAUAGAUAUUUAAUUAUGUAUAUUUUAUUUUAAUUUUAGAAAUGGGAUCAGCUAAAUAAAUCAACCGACGACGAUGAUGGGAUAAAGUACGUGAAAACAUCUAACGGACAUCCGAUAAUUAUUAUGCCAGAACGCGUUGGUCCUUUAUUACCGAAUACAAUUUACUUCCAAAAGUCCCGGAAUCGCCGACGAACCUACCGACAUCAUAAAAUCCCGAUGGACCCACGAAAUCAAGUAAUCUAUCACGUCAGGCAACCCAGUGAUGAGUUUACGGAGUCAUCGACAGCUGUUACGGAUGGUGACAAAAACGGGAACAGCGCUAUUAAAGAUACCGACACGGUGAUGGACAAGAACAGGAAGGGCAGGCCCAAGGGCUCGAAGAACAGGCCACUAUUCAACUCGUACAACGACCAGUGCGAUAAGCGGUCGUUCGUGUACUCGUUCGCGGGACCGACAAAGUGCAAGUCUUGUAAACGGACGUUUGACGGCGACCCUGUUGUCCACUGUCAUGAAUACCACAAAACAGAGUGUCCCAUAUGUGGCCGGAUGUACAAACCGCCUUUGACCUCACACAUCAAGUCCCACGGAACCCGGCACGUUAUACUGACCGUAGACUGCUACGAGUGUUAUGACUGCAAGGAAAAAUUUGGAAAUGCCGAUAUUAUGGCGAAGCACAUCCUGGACGAACACGUACAGGCCGGCGAGUAUGGGGCCAAAGUCCCUGCGUGCUACAUAUGCGGCUGGACCACGGGGACUGAACUGGACGAUGGUGGCCUCCGGGAGCACAUAGCCACAGUCCACGCUGAUACUCCAGCACACCUGUUGGACAAACACCUUCACCAGCAGCAGAAAACCGUCACGGCGGUAGUCGGCCUCAUGUGCAUGCUGUGUGGUAUCAAGUUCGGCGAUCAGGAGGCCGUCAUCGGUCAUCUGGUAGACACGCAUUGUCCCCGGAAAACGUUCAAUCAUCCAGCCGUAUAUAAGUGCCGAAUGUGUGGAGCGGGCUUCAAAAGUCAAAUAAACGUGCUGCGGCACGCCUGCAAUAAAAUCAAAUCGCCGCACUGCGCCCAGUGUGAUAAGACGUUCCCAUCGAAAAUGCGAUACGCGUUCCACUUACAGUUUCACGACGACCACCCCAAGUAUGCGACCAUGCACCUACAUUGUGAUCUAUGCCUGGCAGAGUUCGACGACGAGUACCACCUGUAUGAUCAUAUCCGUUUCCGGCACGAGCUGCACGAUAAGGCUGUGUGCGAGACAUGCGGCCGGACAUUCAAAUCAUCGAUGGGCCUGAACAUACACCGCCGAUACCAUAUCGGUUCCCGGAACUUUACAUGCAAGUCUUGCAAUAAAUCGUUUCUGAACAAAUCGACGCUCCGGGAACAUGAGAUCUCGCACAUGGACGUGAAACCAUUCCAGUGCAACAUAUGUGGUCAAUACCUAAGUCGGGCAUCCCGACUUCGAUCUCACGUCAAAACGCAUCGAGCGGCCGAGUGCACCGAGCAGACUUGCUACAGCUGCAACACGUGUGGGUUCGUGGCACCCAAUUUACACUUACUAGCUGGGCACGCGUGCAAGGGACACCACGAUAAUAGUAGAGACGACAGCAUAAUUGUAGUCCAAUUGUCGUCGGUGGUUAAGUGCGAAUUUUGUGACUCCACGUUUGUGAACGCCGAACACCUGAACGCCCACCGAGACGCAGCCCAUGCCAACGGCGGCGGUAACGACUCCUCCGAAGCAUUUGUUUGCGUCGUGUGUUCGUCCCGGUUUAGCACAUACUCCCGGUUAACCACGCACAAAUUAACGCAUGGCAUAAACAUGAAAUCAAUGGAGCAGACCGAAGACGACAAUGGACCUGACGACCCUGAGCAGGAAGUGUUGGCUGACCAGGACCGGUUUACCGUGCCACAGUACUUUGCGUGUCAAUACUGUGCCAAACGGUGCUUGCAUUACACGUACUUUUGCCUGCACCGACGGCUCAAGCAUCCACUGGGUGACCUGGCAUAUAAAUGCGACCGAUGCUCUAUGGACUUUGAAACCUCCUGGAAACUUUCCUAUCACAAGAAAACCGUUCACGGUCAAUCGUCGGAAGAAAAGAUACCAAAAAAAUACGAGUGCACCUUGUGCUCUAGAAAAUUCGUCAAGAUCGGCGCCCUGAACCUGCACAAGACCCGUAGUCACAUCGACGUGGGCAUUGACGUGUGUAAGUACCUAUGCCAUCACUGUGGUAAGUUCUUCAGCUCCGAGUGUUCACUGAAAAACCACUCUAAAACGCACGACAGCCACGGAGUCACAGACCCGCCAUCGGUUCAUACGCCAAAAUCACAACCAACGGCCGUCAACCAUCAACGAAAUCGGUAUAGAACGUACAGAAAAUCAACUACCACCAAUAACUCUGCCGUCAGUGGCAAGCCAACAAUUGUCCAGAAUUCGUGUCCGUACUGUCCGUAUAGCACCGACGAGAAGGCGACAUUCAUCGAUCAUGUUACGCGACACAUACAGUCAAAAUCCAUUUCGUUCGUUCCCACCAUCACCACCGUCACGCCCACUGACACGACCAUGACAUCCACUGUCAACUCCACCGUCACGUCCACUGACACGGCCAUGCCAUUCACUGUUAACACCACCAUCAGCUUCCCGAAACCCGAUAUUUUUCGAUGCCAAUUGUGUGACGUGGAAUUUUACGAGACCGUCCAGCUCUUCAGGGUCCACCUGGAAAAUCAUGCGGACUCUGGCGAAACGCUCUUGUGCCGGUCGUGUUAUGUGCCGUUUACAUCGUCCAUCGCACUUGACAUGCAUCGGCACGAGACAGCUUUGUGCGGCCAACGUCCCGACGUCCGGUUCGUAGACGUCGGUAACCGUGGUGAAGACUGCGAAACUGACGACCAGACCAUUAUCCAACCACCUUUGGUUGUUGACUGUGCGAAAAUAUUCAAAGACGAGCCAUCACUGUCGCCGUUAUCUUCAAGUAUGCCUGACACUUUUGUGGCACCCGAGUCGGACUUCGUUUUGGCACCCAAGUCGGACUCUGUUUUGGUACCCAAACUGGAUCCCAUAGUGUUACCAACACAACCAACUCAAGUCGCCAAUGUCGCAACGCCAAACAGAUCGUCGAACAAUUUCGAAUUAGUACUCGACGAACUCAUGGCCAUCAUUUCUUCGCCACGUUUGUCAGCCGUCCAAGACGAAGUCAAAUUUGAACCCUCCAACGACUCUCUGAACAGUUUAUUCGAUAGUAUCUGCACGCCAGCCUUGGACCAACAUCGUUUCAUGAUGUGA